UAGCGAAUGUGCAAAACAAGCGAAUGUGCAAAUCCAUUUCACACCUUAAAUCACGAAUUUCAUAACUUAAUAUCUCAACAAACCUUUAAUAAUAAAUUAUAAAACUAUAUACUUAACCUUUUAUAGGCGUUUAAAGAGCUCUGUUUCAAUUUAAAGCAAUUGGCCUUGUAGUUAUUGAGAUACUAAGAUUUAGGUUAAAAGUAGGGGCCAAAACUUUAUAUCUUAUACUCAUUCCUCAGCCUCGCGUCCUCGUCGGGAACGAACGCGACCCACCGACCUCGAGCCAGCACCACACGGCUACAGCCUUGUGACGUCCAAGGUUUACAUCUCCGAGAUCCGUAGGACGAACAACAUCAGUACAAUCCUCAUGUCCAUCUCCAACAUCAUCCCAUCCUCGCGAUGUCUAGCCCCUCAAUAAUACCACAGCGCUUCUCCGAGAAGAUGGAGCACGCCAGCGAAAGCACCAACGCUCCACUUGCCGGUUCUAAACGAGACCAGCCUUUCAAUUCCCCGCUUCAAACAGACUCUAAUUCUGCGCCGUCUUCGACGCAAACUUCUUCUUCACGCCUUCAAACAACGAAUAAUAUGGGUGUUCAGUCGCAGAUACAGGCACGCGGUGGAGGUUCCGCCAGGAACCGGCCGUUCGCCGUCGCACUUACGGUUGCUGUGGUUUUGUAUUUCGCGUUGACGAUGACUACGAGGGUAUUUGACUUCAGAGGUUUCACGUCUACGGCUUGCCAUCACCAAACGAGCAACAAUGCAGCUUCAGCUGUGGUCGAGAAGGUGGGGAAGCUAGUCCCACUCGAAGCGCACGUCAUGAGCAAAUGUCCAGACACAAGGGCCUGCCUCCGCGAACUCGUCAUCCCUGCCAUGGAGCGCGUCAGCUCCAAGGUCGACUUCACACUCACCUUCCUCGGGCGCCCGACCGAGAACGACGGCGUGGACUGCAUGCACGGCCCGCCGGAGUGCAUGGGCAACAUCCUCGAGCUGUGCGCCGCCCACCUCUACCCGGAGCCGCGCAUCUAUCUCGGCUUCGUCAUGUGUCUCUCUAACGACUACAGGGAGAUCCCCGAUGAGGCCCUGGUCAAGGGCUGCGCGCUGGAGCACGCCGUCGACAUUCAGAAGCUGAAUGAGUGCGCGGGCAGCGCCGAUGGGAUGGGCAUGGGGCGAGCUGCACGGUGA